AUGCUCUCUAAAUACUUCGCUCUUUAUUUCAUCUUAAUAUGCAAUAAUUUUGUUGUUACUCCGUUGCCAAUUAAAAGAAGUCCAGUGUUCAUUGGCAGCAGCCCAGGAAUUGGCGGCGACUUUUCUCCCAUUUUUCUUCCUCCCGGUUCAGAGGUUGAAUCUCCCACUUUGCCUCUUCCCCCUCCCUACUCAGGAAUUUUUUAUUUUUCUCCCGGUUCAGAGGUUGAAUCUCCCACUUUACCUCUUCCGCCUCCAUAG